GUGCUGGCUGGGCGGCUGGGCAGCGCUUCUGCUGGGCUGGCCGGCCGAUGCCGAUGCCGUGGCCGCCACCGCCAGCCUGCAGCUGCCGCCCUGCCGGGAGGCCGACUACCACUUUGAGUACACCGAAUGUGACAGCAGCGGCUCCAGAUGGAGAGUGGCCAUCCCGAAUCCGGGAGCCAAAUGUUCUGGCUUGCCUGAUCCCGUCAAAGGAAAAGAAUGCACUUUCUCUUGUGCUUCUGGUGAAUACCUGGAGAUGAAGAAUCAGGUUUGCAGUAAAUGCGCAGAAGGGACUUACUCGCUGGGAAGCGGGAUCAAGUUUGACGAAUGGGAUGACCUGCCAGCGGGAUUCUCUAACGUAGCCACGUACAUGGACUCCACUCUUGGCUCAGCCGAGAGUAAAGCAGACAGCUGUGCCAAAUCUUCGUGGGCCCCUCGUGGGAAUUACAUUGAGUCCAACAGGGAUGACUGCACCGUCUCUUUGAUCUACACCGUCCACCUGAAGAAACCCGGCUCCGUCUUCUUCGAGUAUCAGUAUAUUGAUAACAACAUCUUCUUUGAAUUCUUUAUUCAAAACGACCAGUGCCAAGAGAUGGACUCCACCAGUGAUAAAUGGGUGAAAUUAACAGAUAAUGGAGAAUGGGGUUCCUAUUCGGUAACGCUGAAAUCAGGAACGAAUAUCUUGUACUGGAGAACCACGGGGAUCCUGAUGGGGUCGCAGGUGGUAAAGCCCAUCCUUCUGAAAAACAUCACAAUCGAAGGGGUGGCCUACACAUCUGAAUGCUUUCCCUGCAAACCGGGCACCUUUAGCAACAAAUCAGGUUCCUCCCUGUGCGAAAUCUGUCCAAGAAACACCUACUCAGAAAAAGGGGCCAAGGAAUGCACGAAGUGUCCAGAAGCCACCCAUUACUCAGAUGAAGGAUCAGGCCAAUGUCUGGAACGCCUUCCUUGCUCCAACAAGGACUUUUUCCAAAUCCAUACUCCGUGCGAUUCGGAAGGAAAAACGCAGAUCAUGUACAAAUGGGUGGAGCCCAAGAUCUGCCAAGAGGACAUGUCCGAAGCGGUGAAGCUCCCUCCUUCGGGAGAGAAGAAAGAAUGUCCACCUUGCAACCCUGGUUUCUACAACAACGGCUCGUCAUUCUGCACUCCGUGUCCACCAGGGAUGUUUUCUAAUGGAAAUCAGGACUGCAAGGCCUGUCCUGCUGGCACUGAGCCAGUGCUUGGACUAGAAUAUAAGUGGUGGAAUAUGCUGCCUCUCAACAUGAAGACUUCCUGCUUCAACGUUGGGAACUCCAAAUGCGAUGGGAUGAAUGGCUGGGAAGUUGCUGGUGAUCACAUCCGGAGCGGAGCAGGAGGCACAGAUAACGACUAUCUCAUUGUGAACCUUCACGUACCUGGAUUUAAGCCUCCCACAUCGGUAACAGGAGCGACCGGCUCAGAACUUGGACGCAUCACGUUCGUGUUUGAGACCAUUUGCUCUGCAGACUGUGUGCUCUACUUCAUGGUGGACAUCAACAAGAAGAGCACCAACGUGGUGGAGUCGUGGAGUGGGGCUAAGGGCAAGCAGUCGUACGCCCACCUCAUUUCCAAGAACGCUUCCUUCACCUUCACCUGGGCUUUCCAAAGAACCAACCAAGGCCAAGAUAACAGGAAGCUGAUCAACGACGUGGCCAAGAUCUACUCGAUCACUGUGAGCAAUGCAGUCGACGGAGUGGCCUCCUCCUGCCGGGCCUGUGCCAUUGGCAUAGAACAGUCCGGCUCCUCCUGCGUCCCUUGCCCUCUUGGGCACUACAUAGAGAAGGAAACCAACCAGUGCCAGGCAUGCCCUCCCAAUACAUACCUCUCCAUCCACCAGGCCUACGGGGAAGAAGCCUGCGUCCCUUGUGGGCCUGGCAGCCAGAGCACCAAGGACCGCUCCGCCUGCUACAACGACUGCCUCUUCUCCUCCGUCAGGAACAACCGAAGCCUGACUUACGAUUUUGGCCGCCUGAGCAGGGUGGGCUCCUUAAUGAACGGGCCGAGCUUCACCGCCAGAGGCACGAAGUUCUUCCAUUUCUUCAACAUCAGCCUCUGCGGCUCCCAAGGAGAGAAGAGAGCCGUCUGUGCGGACAACAUAACGGAUAUCACCCUUAAGGAUAUGGUGGCCGAGUCAGAAGAUUAUUCCAACGUCGUGCGGGCGUUUGUCUGCCAGUCGACCAUCAUCCCUCCGGACAGCAAGGGCUUCCGUACAGCUCUGGCCCUCCAGUCGACCAGCCUGGCCGACGUGUUCCUGGGAGCAACUGUUGAAAGCACCCUGGGAAAUGUUAAUAUUAAGCCGGAAAUGUUUGCACCAUCUGAGACAAAGCUGCCUGAUGUUCAUUUUUAUUACAAGUCUUCGGGAGCUUCGGCCACUUGUGAACACGGGCGUGCGUCUGUUGUGACGAUGAGGUGCAACCCCACGAAACUUGGCCAGGGAGAAAUCUCAGUUCCCAGUUCUUGUCCUGCAGGUACCUGUGAUGGGUGUAUGUUCUACUUCUUGUGGGAAAGCGCAGAAGCGUGUCCCAUGUGCACCAAGCAGGACUAUCACGAGAUCGAGGGUGCUUGUAAAAAGGGGCACCAGGAAACCUUAUAUGUCUGGAAUGAACCCAAGUUAUGUAUAAAAGGGGUUUCCUUGCCUGAAAAAAAGAUUAUAAUCUGUGAAACGGUGGAUUUCUGGCUGAAAGUCGGUGCAGGGGUCGGUGCCUUCACAGGAGUCCUGCUCAUUGCCUUAACUUGUUAUUUCUGGAAGAAAAAUCAGAAAUUGGAGUAUAAAUAUUCAAAACUGGUGAUGACGGCCAAUUCAAAAGAGUGCGAGCUUCCGGCUGCUGAUAGCUGUGCUAUCAUGGAAGGGGAAGACAAUGAAGAGGAAAUUGUGUAUUCGAAUAAACAGUCGUUGCUAGGAAAACUCAAGUCCUUGGCCACCAAGGAAAAAGAAGACCGCUUCGAAUCUGUCCAGCUGAAAUCCUCCAGAUCUCAAAAUAUAUGAAGGUUCGGUUUUGCCCGUUGAGCCCAAUUUCUAUUUCCAGGGGACCAAUUCUUCAAACUCGUGCUGGACCACAUUGGAGGACUGGCUUCCUGUGUGAGAAACGUUGAGCGAUGGACAAAGAAAGCAACAGAGAAAGAGAAGAAGAAGAAGAAGAAGAAGGAAAAAAAAAAAGAGGAGAUACUGCCUUAUUGUGAGACUCAGUUGCCAAAAGCAAAGCCAGCCCUUGGCAUCCUACAGCUGGCUCAACUCAGGGAAGGAGGAACCAUGAUGGAGUACCCCGUUGGGUUGGCUCCGAGGCAGAAAAUCUGCAUGGCGUUUCCUUAAAAUAUACAGUAGCAAGAAACAGACAGUUUCCUGCCCUCCCUGCUCCCUCGGUUCCCAUCCUCCGUUCCAGAACGUUGCUUCACUCUGUCCUGGGAGAGAAGGUCCUACCUGACGCCAGGUGGAGACCUACCUGCGCGUUGCUCUGGCAUGGCCGAUGCUGCUUCAAGCUCCCUGCUGUCGCCCACAUGAAACCGCUUGAGUCUUCGAACGUGACCACCAGGCUCCCCCCCCCCAUGAGCCGUGGGUUGCCGCGUUGAGUUUUCGUCUUGAAAUUGAAACAUCCGUCAAAUGCUUGAAACGGAAGAAUGGUUCCAGUCUCAACUUUGGAAAGGAACGUGCUUGACCUCGAAAGCGAUGGUGGGGUCUUGGGGAAGACUGGGAAUCUAGUUUCUCUCCAGCAGAACCAGCUUCUUCUGGUUGCAGAUACGUCCAGGAGGUGGACCACACUCAAGGUUAACUAUGUCGCUCUCUACAUGGUUAUCCAGAAGGGCAACCCCUACUCCUCCGUCUUCGGUGGGACUUCUUCCCUAACCAGAAUGAUCUGAGAGUUGGUGCAGCUCACACCCACACCCAAACCCAUUGGCUUCACACAACCCCUUUCUUACGGGGAUCCCUUUUCCCCGUGAUUUGGUUCGCUUCGCUUACACCUUCAUCAAUCCUGUGCACACUCUUUUCAAGGGUGGUGUGUGAGACAUGGGGCUGUUCAGGACCUGGGUUUGUUCAUGAGGAAUUAGCUGCCUUUUAAAGGACCGAUGGCCCAGGGCUACCAAAUGUAGGACCUUCGUGUCCACGGUCACCUGAAAAGUUUGAAUGCAGAAGGGCCGUUUUUGGUCUAUGCACACCUUUCUAGAAGUAGAGGGAAAUAAUCAGUGCAAAUUGGGCUUCAAAAAAAAAAAAGGGAUAUAAUCUUAUUUCUUUUGCACGCUUUUUUCUGGGGGUGCCCUCCCUGUUGCAACAGAAGAAAUAUUCAAGGGGAACAAAGGCAGAAAUUGGGUAUAAGAGCUGAGGGGCUGAAAGGGAAAGAAAGAAGGAAUAACUCAUGGAUCAUAAAAGCUUUUUUUGUUGCUGCAGGAUCAUUUCCCAUCAGGUGAGAAGCCCAGGGCUGGAAAAACCAUUUCGGUCUUCCUCCAUUCUUCUACCGAAUUCCUCCCCCAUGUCAAAAAUUAGCCAUAAGGAUUUCCUAUAACCUAUCACGUUUUUUUCAGAAUUUCCGACAUAAAGGCUGUCGAUGCAAAAAUAUCCAUCAGCAUAAAACCAGGGAGAUAAAUUCUAUGAAAGAAACAGUAUGUUUUAUAAACGUAUAGUUAAAUUAUGGGUGAACCGUGGACGGGGAUUUUAAAUGAGUUCUAAUAGGUUCUAAUGAUAUAUAUAUAACUGGGUGUAUAAUAUAAAGCACUGAAAAAAUGAAGUGAGAGUACUGUAGUGAGGGUUUUUUUAAAAGAAAAAAGAAAAGAAAAGAAAAGCCAUUCAUUUGCUGGGGUUUAUGGUAGACGUUUGAUUAAUAAUCCUUCUCUGAAUGAAACCGAAAUCUGAAACUGUAUACAGGAUUCGGAAUAAUUAUUCCAGAGUCCCCAAUACUGGAUUCUGAAGAUUUAUUAAUCUUUCAUAGGAGAAAGAUAAUUAAAUUUAUCAAAUGUGCUGCAUACAGUGGCAGAAUAUAAGAUUUCUCCUUCUUUCUGCGUGGGGGGGUCACAGAAAUUCAGAGACGGUUCGCAAUUCCUCAUUGUCAAAAUUGUGUUGUGCCUGACAAACACAGGCACACAAAAGAUGCAAAAGCAAACAACAACAAAAAAAACCCAGCACCUUUUCUUUACUUUUGAAUGCUUGAAGAAAACAAUCUUGUGCAUUUUUAGUCAGAAGUAGGUUGCAAGGGAGACUUACUCCAUCGUGGCUAUGCAUUGGAUAAAUAAUUAUAAAUGCCCUUUUUUUUGUAUAUUUGGCUAUAUUUUGCCUAUAACGUUUUCUUUAUUUAUUUGCUGUAACAGUUUGGGAUUCCUCAACUUAUGACCACAAUUGAGCCCAAAAUUUCCAUUGCUAAGAGAGAGAGAGAGAGAGUUCAGUGAGUGUUUUCCUAUUUUAUGACCUUUCAGGCCGAUGUUGUUAAGCGAAUCACUGCAGUUGUUAAGUUAGUAGCACGGUUGUUAAGUGAAUCUGGCUUCCCCCUUGACUUUCCUUGUCAGAAGGUCGCAAAACGGGAUCAGGUGACCCCCCCCCCUUCCCAGGGACACUGCAACCGUCAUAACUGUGAGUCAGUUUCCAAGAGUCCGAAUUUUGACCAGGUGACCUUGGGGAAGAUGCAGCGGUCGUAAGUGUGAAAAACGUCACUUUUUUCCCCAGUGCUGUUGUAACUUCAAAUGGUCACUAAACGAACUGUUGUAAGUCAAGGACUACCUGUACUGCUCUUUACUUGAUGGGCAUUGUAGUGUCAUUAUUAUUAUUAUUAUUUCUCUGUGGAACAUCUAAGGGACAUCCUUCUUGGUUUAAACAGUAGAAGUUGGCUUUUUGAAUAAUUUUGGUUGCAUUGCUAAAAUGUGAAUGGGCUAUUUUGAAAGUGUGGGGCCCAAGCAGUUAGAACAGAGGCCUUCAGACUUGGCAGCUUUAAGACUUCUGGGCUUCAACUCCACAAGUCUUAAAAUUGAAGUCCACAAGUCUUAAAGCUGCCAAGUUUGAAGACCUCUGAGUUAGAAGAACCCUCUUGAAGGGCUUCAAGAGAUGCUUGAGGAGCGUCUGAAGAUCAGGGCUUUCCUCGGAAAGUGAUGGCAGCCCAGUUGUACUGCUCAGGAACACUUUCCCCCUCAUACUUCGGUUUUGUGGACUCCAGUUGUGGUGUGGGAAGAGUGUGAGGAAACUGCCACCUCAGGAAAGAUGGUUUUAGAACAAAGAAACAACCGAAUAGGAGCCUUGGCUGUCUCAUAACUAAUCCGGGAGAACAGAGGCCUUCAAACUUGGCAGCUUUAAGACUUGUGGACUCCAACUCCCAGGAUUCUCCAGCCAGCAUAGCAACCAUAGGCUACCCAGAAGAAUGUUCUUCUCCUUCGAAAGCAGCGUCCUCAAAAGAGUUGUAGCUUUAACAAACCCAUUUGGGGGUCACCCGAGUCUUUAAAGCAGCCGCAUCACUUUUUUCCAAGAGGUCCCAUGGCUGCAAGAGGCCCCUAGCCUGCCUUCAUCGGUUUUGAAGGGUGCCCUCUGGCCCCACACUUCCUCCCACAUGUGGUUUCUGAGAUGCUUAAAUGGGCGUGUGGCACCACAGAGAGAACUCAACCGAAGAAGCUUCUCGGAUGAGAAGUGAAACGUUAUCAAAGAAAAACAACAACUCCAAGGAAGUCCAGUUGCCUUCUGGAAAAGGACCAGGACCUCCUGGAUGACGGAGAAUCUCCAUGGACCUCAGAGAGAAAGGUGUUGGUUCUGGAUCAGAUGCUCACCUGGUCAUUCCUGGGUGUUCAGAUAUCUGCUGAAGAGAAGUUCAUCCUCGCCACAGGAGAAUUUGUCCCCUUGUUUUGUCUUGGUUCUAUCUUUCUUGGUCCUGUCGAUUACUUUCACUUCUUUCUUAGAUGCACAUCUCCCUCUUUUUCCCCAGAUGUUCAAGGCACCAUCUAUAACAUCCUCUCCUCCAGCUUUUUCUCCUCUGCAACAACAGGUAGACUGGGUCGAGAGAGGUUAACUGGAUGAGAGGUUGCAUGGCUAUGGCUGGACUUAAACUUGGGUCUUCCUGGAGGUUCAAAUAUCUACUGAAGAGAAGUUCAUCCAAGCCACCGGAGAAUUUGUCCCCUUGUUUUGGCUUGGCUCUAUCUUUCUUGGCUCUAACUGUUGACGUCUUUCACUUCUUUUUUAGGUGUACAUCUCCCUCUUUUUCCCUAGGACCAUGAUGGCAAACCUAUGGCACGCGUGCUAGAGGUGGCACACAGAGCCCUCUCUGUGAGCACGCGCGCCGUCACCAGCCAGCUGCUCUUCUGGUUUCUGAAAACGGCCUGAAAAUGGCCCGAAAAACAGCCUGAAAACAGUCUGGAAAAUGCCCUGAAAAUGGCUCGAAAACCAGUCUGAAAAUGGUCCGAAAAACAGCCUGAAAAUGGCCCAAAAAUGGCCCGGAAAAUGGCCCCCAAAAUGGCCAAAAAACAGGCAUGUGCACGCCAGCCAUCUGGUCUUCAGGUUUCUGGUGCUCCGGCGUGUGCAUAUGCACACAUAUGCAUGUGUGUUCCAGUUUGGGCACUUGGUCCAGAAAAGGUUCGCCAUCACUGCCCUAGGAGUUCAAGGCACCACACAUAACACCCUCUCCUCCAUUUUUUCUCCACUGCAACUACAAAUUGAGAGAGGUUAACUGGAUGAGAGGUUGCACGGCUAAGGCUGGACUCGAACUUGGGUCUUCCCAGCCUUGGUCUGACACUUUCCUUACUACACCACCCUGGUUGAUGCUGGUUUAUCUAAACUGGGGGUCUCCAACCUUGGCAACUUUAAGAAUUGUGGACGUCAACUCUCAGAAUUUAAGACCUGUGGACCUCAACUCUGGGAGUUGCCGGGGUUGGAGACCCCUGAUCUAAAUGAUCAAUGUUGGAUUCUGUAUCUUUCUAUUUGUGGCAUGCAGAGGUACGAUACGCUCUAUGCACCUUAAAAGGCAAACGUCUCUACUUUCCCCCCCCUUUCUAUGAAGACCAAAACAUGAAUUGUUUCUAAUUUCUCUCAAGAGCAUCUCUUUUACAUGCUUGAUGGGGGUAUAGUCAGAACCUGUGGCCUCUGGGCAGGGGUGGGCUGCUGGGGGGUUCGGGAGAACUUCUAGCUAAGAUUCUGUGCAGUUUGGAGAACCCCCAAAUCCCACUCCUGACUGAUCCCGCCCACUCGCCCCUCCCCUCCCAGGAGUCCCCACGCGGCCCAUUUUGGAUGCAGAUAAGUGCAGAGCACGCACAGAGCCUCCGGGAGAGUGAAAAACAGGCUUACCAGAAGUUCGGGAAGAGCGGAAACAGGCCCCUUUUCAGCCUCCGGAGCCUGGGGAGGCCAUUUUUGCCCUCCUGGAGACUCCCCUCCCCCCGGCAUGGUGCAGGAGGCCAACUAGCCACGCCCACCAUGGCCACGCCCACCCAGCAACCGGGCAGAGAACCCCUUGCUAAAAUUUUUGAAGCCCACCUCUGCCUCUGGGUGAGGUUGAACACGUUUUGCAACAGGGCUGUCGGAAGCCAGGGGAAGUUCAGCAAAGCAAGUGGCUCAUAGAACACACCUUGACACCGUGCACAAACACAAUUCUGCAAAAUAUGUUAUUUGCCUCAUUGUGCAGCGAGGUGCGAGGUGUUACGGUGUCACUUGUCCCCUCCUCAACAAGUUGAUUUAUGUUCAGCAAUUUUUCGGAAGGAACACAUUCUCCCACUUCUUACUUUGUAAUACCUCUGGGACACAAGGUGUACCAAAUAGAGGUUCUCCGUGUGGUAGGAGAGCAUGCCAGACAGAAACGUUCCGUCUCCCUGCCGUAUCUGAAGAGAACAGCCAAACAUCUGCCAGAAGCUUUGAACGUUUGGCCAACUGAAGUUUAGCAGGUGGUUCCACUCGGUUUACUUUUAAUUUGCUUGGUAGCGGAGUUUAGCUUGGCAGCAUCUUGACUUUGAAUGGGUUUCAGAGCAAGCUCUUAGAGUGAGGUGGAAAUACGGAGGGCAGGGAUGGCUAAGCUUUCUGGUGUCGCGUGCCAAAAGCGGGGGGAGCGGGGGGGUUCACGCGCACAUGUGCCCAUACCCAUAAUUCAAUGCCCCGCACACCUCACAAUCGUGUGCACGACCCCCCUCCGCGCUUGGCACAUGACGGCAAAAAGGUUACCGGUGGGCCUGGUAGGCCCAUUUUUUGCCCUCCCCAGGCUCCAGAGGCUUUCUUGGAACCUGGGGAGGGCGAAAACAGCCUUCCCCAUCUCCCUGGAGGCCCUCCGGAGGCUGGAAAUGGCUGGUUUCCCAACUUUCGGUGGGCCCGGAAGGCCUGAAAAUCAGCUGGCCAGCGCACACAUGCACGCUGGAGCUGAGCUAAGGCAAUGCCCACAGAUAUGGCUCCGUGUGCCACCUAUGGCACGCAUGCCAUAGGUUCACCAUCAUGGAUGUAGCUACAGGUCACUCGCUACAAUUUUCAAUGAGGAAUUUGAAGUGUUAGUAAGUGCACCAACAUGUCUGUAAAGGUGUAUUAACAGAUGUUUCCAUGAGACGUUCAGGAGGAUCCAGUUUGGGAAUUAUUUGAAGGCAGUGAUGGGACUUGGUUGAACUUCAAGACUGUCCCAGGCGCUGAUGAGCCAAUGAAAAGAUUUUGUUAGUAAAAUUCAGAAUGUAGGUAGUCCUCGGCUUACGACCACAAUUGAGCCCAGAAUUUCAGUUGCUGAGUGAGAGACAUUGACUAAGGGAGUUGUGCUCCAUGUUAUGACCUUUCUUGCCAUUGUUGUUAAGCGAAUCACUGCAGUUGUUGAGUUCGUGACACGGUUGUUAAGUGAAUCUGUCUUCCCCAUUGACUUUGCUUGUUCCAGAAGGUCGCAAAAGGGGAUCACGUGACCCUGGGACACAGUGACCGUCAUAAGUAGGAACCAGUUGCCAAGUGUCCGAAUUUUAAUCAUGUGACCAUGGGGAGGCUGCAAUGGCCGUAAGUGUGAAAACUGGUCGUAAGUCACUUUUUUUAGUGCUGUUGUAACUUCAAACGGUCACUAAAUGGACUGUUGUAAGUCGAGGACUACCUGUAGACAUAUAACUUUCGCAUAACUGGAAAAGUAGCUCGGCCUGAAGGAUGACAUAAUUUUGGGUGGGCUGGGAAAUUAUGAAUGUCCAAGGGCGAAUUAUGGAAGCUUGAUUUUAAUGCAAUUCCUUAUGCUUCUCGGGUAAUUAAGAAAGGGGUGGGGUUUUAUUUUCAAUAUUUCUCCAGAAGUUUUAAUUUAAAGACUUCCGAAAUUGGCUUGAAUGCCGAUUCUGUGGUUGGAAUGUCUGUUGUAUCCCGUGUAGCCAUAUUGGUUAUGAAAUUGCUGCUAUGAGUUCGAAUGAUGCGGAAGGUGGUUGCUUAACCUUUGGAUUUCAACUAAUAAAUGUCAACCUUUAUUGACCUAA